AUGUCCCACGGCGCGAUAGCGCCCGAGCUAGCGCCGAAUCCACUUCAUCAGACCAGCAAAUAUAAGGCGUUCGCACAAGCCGUCGACAAGGCGCUCAAGGCCUUUGAAAACACGAAUGAAUGGGCUGACUUGAUUUCGGCGUUAGGCAAGCUUUCAAAGGUAUUCAGUUCCAACGCCAAGUACUGCGACAUCCCGAAGCCAAUCAUUGUGGCGAAACGGCUCUCACAAUGUCUACACCCCGCCUUGCCGAUGGGCGUCCAUUUGAAAGCGCUGGAGACGUACAAACAAGUGUUCGAUAUCCUCGGCACCGAGAAGCUCUCCCAGCUCCUCUAUCUUUUCGCCGUCGGUCUUUUCCCGUUGAUGGACCAUUGCGGAAUUAAGGUGAAAUCCGAGCUGUUCACGAUAUUCGAGGUGUAUCUUCUGCGGCUUGGCCCGAAUCUGAAGCCUUCACUUCCCGGUUUUCUGGCCGGUGUAUUGCUUGGAUUGGAAGAAGGGACCGAGUUCUACGACCGUUCGGUGACCUACCUCGACAAAGUAUGCGAGGCCGUGGGCGCGGAAGCGUUUUACGGCUGCGUUUGGGAGGCCGUGCUCGGCUCGCCGGCGGUCCGUCUGCCUGCAUUGCUCUACGUCAACACCAAGCUCGACAAGAAUCGGCCGGUCGACGAGCAGCACCAUCUUUUUUGCAACCCGGAAUUGAUGGUAGAAGCCCUCUGUGCGGCAGCCGGCGACACAGGCUCACCGCUUGUUCAACGAAAUCUUCUCGAUUUUCUGUGCACCGUCUUUCCGCUCGAUUCGCCCCAUCUGUCCUCGGCUCAUUUUGUGAAGCUUCUCCAACAUUGCCUUUUUGUCGUCUUGCGCAGGGACAUGUCGCUAAAUCGAAGGCUCUUUCAGUGGCUUUUGAACCCAACAGGCUCAAACCUGGCUGUCAGUGGCGUACCUGUCGGUGAUGAUCGCAUCGAUAGCUCAUUUUUCUUGAAAACGGUCCUGCCUUUGAUUCAGCAAGCCUUGAACGAGUAUCUAUCACUAGACACUGUGGAAAUCCCCGCCCCUCCGCCAAACCUUGUUCAGUUCGGACUGCCGCCUAGGGAAAGCGAACAGACCGUGCUAGUGGAAGUGCGAGUAUGCAGAUUGCUGCUUUACCUCCAGGAUCGGCCUGAAAUCGGAAAGCCCGUCCUUUCAGAAACACUGCCAAUAUUUCUGAUCAAAUUGGUGGAAAAGGAUCCGAAGAAUCGAGGGCUGGAAUAUAACGAAGAAAUUCGAUCGUUCUAUGGUUCGGAUAAAGAGCCUCUGGAUGAACGCCAGCGUUACAAGAAACGCCUGGAAGAUAUUUCAAAAUCGUUCAACCUGUUGCUGACGUCUCUUGACGAUGGUUUCAUCUGGAGCAUGCUGGCCACCUGGUUUACAGGACUUUUGAGCAAAAAGGACGCAAAUGAGGAGCGACUGUUUCAACUAACGCACUUCCCAGCGGUGGCUCGAGUGGUCUUGGCGCUGUCCCAUUUGGACGGCACGUCAUCAACACGGCUGGUGCACAUGCCAAUCUUCUUGAGAUCGGUGCUCUCGGACCUGAAGAAGGCUGAUGUUGAUCAGAUCCCCAUGCCGAUAUAUCUAGAAUUGAUUGCCGUCUGUCAAAAGUUGUUGGAAGAAAUGACCCAAGGCGCUGGACUCGUCUCAGUUGCCGAUGGCGAUGAGCCUUCCUCCACCCCUACCAUCAGAAGCCCGGUUAAGAAAAUUCUUGGUGAUCCGCAGCGUGAUCGAGAACAAAACCUCGUGGAAAAAUGUCUGCUGGACUGCCUUGCAUUAUUCGAAGUGCUCGCACAUCAUUAUGUCCGGAAUCGCGGCGCGGAGAGGCUGCCGUUAUUGACCGCUAUCUGCCGACUCGUCAAUUGCUUCGUCGACUUCCCAUUGUACUGCCUAGAUCUCGACACACCAAUAGCCACACGUUGGACAGAGGCUUUGAUCAAGGUUCUUGAUGUCUCUUCUUGGGCCAAACUCGGAGCAGCUUGCGAUUUCGGGGCUCGGGCUGCAUGCCUUGAAUUGCUCUGCUACGUUUUUGUUCGCAGUUCGCAGGUUUUGGAACAACACAAGGCCUUUCAAGACAACAAGGAAAAUCUGGCCCCCGACCGCCACGACACCACCACCGUCCUGCUGAAGCCGUUGCUGUUGGAGCGGGAAUUGCGCAGCCUUGAAAACGAUCGCAUCUUUGAGGCA